GCAGGGUUCAGCUCUAACCCUAAUUAAACACACCAGCUAAUCAAGGUGUUACCAGGCAUACUAGAAGCUUCCAGACAGGUGUGUUGAGGCAAGCUGGACCUAAACUCUGCAGGACACCAGCCCAGACAACCCUGCAUUACAAAGUAAAAUAAAUAGCAUGUAACACAGAAGGAUGUAAUAGUUGUUAUAUUAGAGAAUGUGUCAGGGUUGGCUCUCUUCAAAGUCAUGAACGUGAGCUUGAGUUGUAAAGAGUUUAGGUGAGGUGAAGGCAGUCCCCUCCUGGAGGGCAUCGUUUAGGCGGUCUCUUUCUCUGGUGACGCUCUAUUGAUUCUCAAGUUUGCUGGACAGCCGACAGCCAAUCCGCUUCCAAACUGACAGUACGCUGUGAAACAGCCAGCCAAUCAGAUUCUUAGAAUCUCCCGGACGGGGCGGGAUGUGCGCUAUACGCACUAGCAGUUAGAUUGCGCCAUAAGGCAUGAGAGAAGCUUGCUGCCAGCAGCCAGGUUAUCUAACUUUAGUUUCAUUAUCGAGCCCUUCAGUAUACCAACCGCCUCUCUCUCUGAAAUAAAUAUACCUUCAUUUCUUUCUAGCGUACACCGCUGUCGGCAGCAACAGAACCGCACACACAUCUAGCCUCCUCAGUCUCUCGUUACAUCGCAGUUAGCAGUAGCACGCGAGCUGCAAGCGUCCAGCUGAAGAAUGAACCAUAAGAGUAAGAAACGGAUCAAAGAGGCGAAGCGGAGCGCCAGACCCGAGCUGAAGGACUCGAGCGACUGGACCAAACACAACUACUGCGAGAGCUUUGAUCUGUCGCACCGCACAGUGAAGGACAAUGUGGAGCGAGUGGACGCCGGGCGUCUCAGUCCAGAGGAGUUCAUUCAGCGUUUUGAGAAGCCCUAUAAGCCCGUUGUUCUGCUGAACUGCCAGGACACGUGGCCUGCUCGGGAAAAAUGGACCUUGGAGCGCCUCAAGCGCAAGUACCGCAACCAGAAGUUCAAAUGCGGCGAGGACAACGAUGGCUACUCUGUCAAGAUGAAAAUGAAGUACUACGUGGAGUAUUUGGAGUCAACCCAUGACGACAGCCCCCUCUACAUCUUUGAUAGCAGUUUCGGUGAACACGCGAAGCGGGGCAAGCUUCUGGAGGACUACCAGGUGCCCGUUUUCUUUAGGGACGACCUCUUUCAGUUUGCGGGGGAGAAGCGCCGCCCUCCGUACAGGUGGUUUGUGAUGGGUCCUGCCCGCUCUGGGACAGGCAUCCACAUUGACCCGCUCGGCACGAGCGCGUGGAACGCUCUGGUGCAGGGCCACAAACGCUGGUGCCUGUUCCCCACCCACACGCCCCGUGAGCUCAUCAAGGUGACCCGAGAGGACGGGGGUAACCAGCAGGACGAGGCCAUCACCUGGUUCGGCGUCAUCUAUCCCCGCACACAGCAGCCCACCUGGCCAGCCGAAUUCAGACCGCUGGAGAUCCUUCAGCAUCCCGGAGAGACCGUGUUUGUGCCCGGUGGAUGGUGGCAUGUUGUUCUCAAUCUGGACACGACUAUUGCUGUGACCCAGAAUUUUGCAAGCACCGCCAACUUCCCCAUUGUGUGGCACAAGACUGUGCGAGGUCGCCCCAAACUCUCCAGAAAGUGGUACCGGAUCCUGAAACAGGAGAGGCCUGAUAUUGCUGCUCUGGCAGAUAAAGUCGAUCUGCAGGAAUCUACGGGCAUCGCCUCGGACAGCUCCAGUGACUCGUCCUCCUCUUCCUCCUCCAGCUCCUCCGACUCUGAUUCAGAGGCUGACUCGGGCUCUGAGGGCGACGCCAUGACCCAUCGCAGAAAGAAGAGGAAAACCUGUGGCAUGAUGGGGAACGGUGACAUCACAAGCCAGGACGACUGCGUGAGCAAAGAGCGCAGUUCGUCUCGGUGACAUCGCGCUCGACGACCGAGGGGCUGUGGCCAUAACCGUCUCCCAGACCAUGAGACGUCGCACUCUCUCUGUCUGUCACCCUCAGGAGACUCCUGUCCAUCAGACAAGAGAUUGCCACUGUGUCACGUCUGGGCACAUGAUAAGAAACUCAGCCCCAGUGCAAUUUUAGAGAAAAACAUGAACAAAUAUCCAAAUGUGUGCUUGCCGGAGGAGCGUUGCAUGAAUGAGUUUGUGGGAAGAGAAGGGAAAUCCCUGCUUCCUGUGUUGCCUUUGCUGAUGUCAGGCUCUGGACAGGAAGCUUGACGUCUCCUCCUGUCCCAGUGCCAACGUUAUUAAUCUGCUUUUGAGUCAGAACAGAUGCCGUUUUCAUGUUUCACACAGAGGUUAUGCACAGAUAUACGUGUGAAAUGUUUGUCAUACGGUUUGACCUCUUGAGUAAAGUUGCCUUUAGCUCUUUGAUCCUAGAAAACAGAGCAUUUAAUUACUGAUUCUACAUUAUUCUUGACCUGCACUUAAACAAGCCUUUCUUGUCUCUCAGUUAGCAGAAAAUUACUUAAAACUGUGUGAUUUGUGGUCUUUUUUUCCUCACAAAAUCAUUAAGUUGCAGUAUUUUAGAUAGGAAUUUUGAUUUAGAAUGUCUCUAAAUGACUAAACUUUCAAUUAGAAGCCCUGUACGAAGUCCUACACAUGACACACGCACGAAUAACCAAUUCCUUCUGAUACCUUAUUAAUUAGUUCCCUCAUUUUAGUGAAUCUUGGCUAUGUUGUACUAAUUCGUAACCUCGUUAUAGUACAACGUAUGCCAUAGUUUACUAAAAUGAGGGACCUAAAUAAGUUGUAGGAGAGCGAGUUCUUAAUUCAUGGCCAUGAUAAAUUAAUUUUGUCCACAUGGCAUGUGCUGGGCUCCAUAUUACCUAAAUAACAUUGUAGUUCAGCCAAAAGUUUGAACGCACCCUUCCUCAGCUUGAACAACUGUGAAUGCACAAAAUGUCCGGAACGUUUAAACUGAUUAAUCACUUGCCCAGAGAAUUCAGUUAGCUCAGUCGACUGAAAUACGAAGUGUUUUUCUUUAUAACCCUUUCUAGAUAAGUGAAACACUAGGAGGCGCUACUGUUUAUUUAUUAUACAAUGCACAAUGAGCCAUGCAAAAGAGGGGGUAAAGCUUGCAGUCAUAGUUCAUGAAGAUCCACGUUUCCUGUUCAGAAUGGGAAAAGUGACUAGCCUAUAAUGUCUUAAAAUGGUUUUGUAUGUUUUGAAUUAUUUUUUUAACGGAAGGAAAAAGCUUAACUCCAAAAAUGGUAAUCUGUCAUGACGUAAAUGUUUCAGGGCUGUAAUAAUACACAUGUUGUGAUGGGUGUUUAAUGAUCCAAGUGAGCGUUGUUGAGGUGUUAGUGUCGUGCUGUUUUCGUUUACGACCGUAACCUCCUAUAACGAGUCAAGGAGAAAGAUGUGGUUAAAAGUGCCUAUUUUUUACCUGAUGUUGCUCGUUCAAGUUGCUUUGAGUGCUCAUAUUUCACAUUGUCAUAUCAUUUCUCAGAGCUGUGGUUUUGAAUUGCAAAUGCUAAUGUUUUAAUGAAUGGCCUGUACUCUUAGAUGAAGCUUCCCAUUCCCGUUGCUCCAGAUCUUCAGUGCUUUCUCUAGGGUUUGUUCUUACUUAAGCUCCUCAUGUUGCAUAUUCAGCACUGGCUCGGUCAUGUGACACCUUGCUCAGAUCAAAACAAAAUGAAUAAUUGUUUAAUAAAGGUUUCUAUGUAUUUA